GGUGAAGGCGGUGCACAGUUUGUCAGAUAUCCGCAGUCGACGGUAUCGCACUGCCCAAAGAGGGGCCUACCAUUGUUCGUGAUGGAAGGAAAAAAGGAGAGAAGAGGAUCAAACACAUUGUGAUACAAAAACACCACUUUUAAGGAAAGAAGUAAUUAUAACAUUGCGGAGAUAUGGCGAACCGUCCGAAAAUCGAAGUCGUCAGGGUGUCGUCAGUGGAGAGGAGGAAUUUUCGACCGCUUGAUGGUAUUCAACUGCGGGCGACAUACAGUCAUGUGAGAAUUGGUACAUACUGCCCAGAGCCUGAGAUGGAUCUCAUACCGUGUGAGAAUAAACCACCCAGUCAAGGACGGAAAUAUAAAAAAAAUUUGGGACCAGUUUCAAGACUGCUGAGGCGUCGUCAUCAGGGGACGUACCUCGCAACUAAAUCCUGUGAUAACAUUUAUAACGUCAAUAGAAAUAGUACGUCUUUGGAUUGGCGUUUGGGCCAGAGUCCAACAGAUGCAGCUCUCAACGCUCGUCAAAGCAGUAGUUUAGACUGGCGAAUAGGCCGCAGAAUAAACUCAGAGUGGCAAGACAUCAGCUGUAGUGCUGAACAACUACAUUCCAGAAAUUUAAACUUCAACGUCAUUGGAUUGAGAACCCCCCCCACUGCUAAAUCAAAAAUAGUUUCACUGCUCCGAAGACUUUCCCCCCGUCUUCCGAGGCCAAACAGCAAGAAUUCCCUGCCCUCAUCGUCUACCGUAUGCCCGUGGAUUCGUGUGGAGUACUCAACCGAGUCCGUAGACGAUUGGCAUCGUGGGGUAUCCCAGGAAACCGAUGUGAGCUUUCAACAUGAGUUACAAUUGAAUGAACUCAGAAAAAGGAUCGCCAGUGCCUCACCCUCCUCCUCCCAAUCUCAGGGGCUUGUUACUGAAGUUCUGAGCAAUGGACGGUUGGACAUUAAUGAAAAUACUGAGACUAAUGUCGUCAAGGUGGAGAAUGGAUCCAGUGACCUGCCAACUGUCCACGAGGAUCGUAAACCAGGGGUGGACAAUCGCCGUCCGCGUCCGAAGAGUGGUACGUGUCACAGCGAGGUGGCGGGCCUUGAGGAGGACAACGGCAACGAUACGACGGUGACAGUGGUACCAGGCGGUGGUGGCAGCGGGUCAAGUGGCAGGUCAUCGAAUCGUCGUAACCGGCCACUAUCACUCGCUGUCCAACCGCUGAACUAUCAACAUCUAGAUCCUGAUAGUAUUUGCCGAGGUGGAAUUAAACAUCCUAAUAUGACUAGCCAGGAGUCCAUCGGCAGCUGCAGCCUCGACGUCGAUCGCUCCGUCUCUGACCGAUCAGAAGCAACAGUCGACUCGAUAUCUGAACGAACACUUCACAGUCUGAAUCUGUCAAACGGGGAUACGACGUCGCCAGCAGAUAAUCCUGUUAACGGCAGCAACGAGACGAUUUCGAAGACCCAGGGAAAUUCACCGGAUAAGGACAAUAUAAAUGGCGAGAACGAAACUGAGCAGCUGACAGCUAAGAAACCUAGUUAUCUGGGAUUGGCUUGCAGUAUUAGUGGGUAUUCGGGGAUCACCAGGUACGACAGCAAACUCAGGGAGGGAUUCAGGUCGAGAGACAGUAGUCCUGGGUCGAGACUCAUCACGAGAGAAACAAGCCCUGCAGGUUUCAGAUCAAGCGAAAAUCUUGGAAUUCCAGCAAAAAGCCAAUCAAUAUCUCCGCUUGCAAUGGACCGUCAGAACGGUUUCAGCAACGGCAACAAGGAGUGCCGAGUUGCGACUUUCGUCGAGACCCGAAGCUCACUGGGCACCUGCCAAGGUUAUUCCGAGGUAGACCGAGGUGUUCCCAUACACUCAUUCACCGAGAUCAGUCCCAUCCGAGGCUCUCCAAAGCGUCUAACACAAAUGACAACCUGCAGAGAGACAAAAACAUUCACCUCAACGAUAACUGUCUCAUCUCCCAAGACAUCGAACACCAGUAAUUUAUCUAGUAAUUGUCUCAACGAGAGUAAUCUAACGAAUGGUUCAGCGAUGGGAACCGAGAAUCAAACGCUCAAUUCGUCCUGCGAGAAGUCCUUUAUCCAGCAGAGGGUGGAGAGGCUCUAUGGGCCCGGUGCAUUGGCCCAAGGAUUCUUCUUCAAACGAUCAUUGAAUCAGUCGAGCUGUAGUGAAAGUAGCUUUAAUAAAUCGAGUAAUAACAACGACUCUUUGGUAGACAAUGCGAAUACCGAGGAGUCCCUGAAAAAUCUGCCUGUUCUGAGACAUCUGAGACCUGAAUUCAGGGCACAACUGCCUGUUGUCAGCCCAAGGAGGGCCACUGACGGCAGUGAACAGGUGAUCAAGCCUUUGCAAAGGUUAUCCCCUGCUGUCGGAAAGAAUAAUGCUAAACUCUUUGCUUCGCCUCCUUCUGUUAAAAUUUCUGAUCAUGACACUUUCAAGUUGAGUGCCAGUGUCACCAGCAUUCCGGAUCAACAGCCUGCUGCACUGGAGGUGGUUCUACCUGUGCUUGAACCGAGUGUCAGUGCUACCAGUGUCCCAGACACUCUGAAAGCGAUGCAGGAGAGUCAAACCGAGGAGAAAGAUGGGCAUUAUUUCAUUAAGUUAUUGAAGGCGGAGAUCGAGAGAUUGUUCAAGCUUGCGGCGUCUGCGGAAGAGGAGUUGGUGAGUGGUGAACAACUGCCGGAGGAGGCCGCUGGGAAGCUGAGGUCUGCGGCGGGAAAAGCUAGGCUCUUGGCGACGCAGAAAAUGCAGCAGUUUGAGGGACUCUGUCAUAAGAAUAUUAAUCAAGUCCCUGGGGAGGAGUUCCCGACGACCAAUGAAGAUCUUGCGGGAUUCUGGGAUAUGGUUAUGCUUCAGGUCGUUCAAGUCAAUAAUUUGUUCGAGCAUAUUGAUAAACUCAGGCGUUCGCAGUGGCAAGAGAUUCCACCUGAGAAAUCAACACCUGCACAAUCUCAAAAUGGUACGAGCGCUAAGCGUCGUACUGUAGUUUCCCAAAAGCCAAAAUCUGCAGCUAACACUGAGGCAAAUCGAAAAGCUCGUGAAGCACGUGAACUCGCUCGUCGCCAGAUGAUGGAGGAACGCAGAAAAGCCAUGAAAUCCCAGAUACAACAGUCUGUAGAGAUUUUUGCGCCAAAGACAUAACAGAGGGCCGUUAUGGAGAUUGUUUCAAGUAAUGAAGACACCACAGUUUUCUGUCUCAGAUCUGUAAAACGCUCAUAGAUACCCAAACUGAAUGAAAAAACGGGAAGAGGAAACAAUAAUGAAUGAUUUUAAUCGAUGAUGAAGUUUCAUAAUUAAUUAAGUUAAUGAACGAAAGUCAUAAAAUAGUUAUUUGCAGUGUUGAAUCAUGGAUUCUCGCGUGAUAGAAUUUGCUAGAUUUUUCAUUUUUAUUAAUUUUCGGUGAUUGUUUUCGAUUUUAUAUCACUCCGAUCAUUUUAGAAAUUUAAAAAUGUUAAAAACAGAAAAAUCUUUGAAAAAUCAACUGAAGAAUUGUCUAUGUACCGCUUGAUUUUCGUAAUUGAAAUAAUUACCGAAAAUUAUUGAAAAUAUUUGCCUACCAGGAAUAUUGACAACCCAUAAAAAUUGAAUAAAAGAAUCCAUUACAAUGUGUUAAAAAAGUGCGACUGAAUAAGUUUCAUAUUCCUCCGGUUUUUAUCGUGAUAUCUGUGUAUGUAAAUAGUUUAAUAAUUUUUCAUGAUUGACGUUGCAAGAGAAAUGUCUAUUCCUUUUUUAAAUGAGCUUCUUGUCCAUGACUGCGCCCAACCAGGGGCAUUUUCUUUCUCUUCUAACUAUUAAUAAGAAGCAUUUGAGAGUUUAAGUAUUAAAUACCAGUCAUGAGGAAUAACAACUGAUGUUUCAAAAUGUGACAGGAGAAGGAGCGCAAAAAAAAUUUAAUUAAAAAUUGAAAUUCACAUUGAGUCGUUGAUGACGUUGAAUCGAUGGCUUUCAAAGCUUAUCUACCAAAUAACACAUACCUAACUAAUACUCAUAAGCCCGCGACGUUUUUUUUACUGUAAAAAUAUAAAGAUGAAAUUCACAGAAAUCUGAAAAAUCAUUGAAUUACGUUAAAAUAGGUUUAAAAUACAAUAGGAACGAUAUAAUGAAUAUGAAUGAAUUCGCAUUCUUCAGUGAAUCGCCGUUAGAAAAUUUUUUCGCUCAAAAUUGUUACUCGAAUGGUUAUGAAUGUUCUGAAAUAAAAAUGAAAAAUAAUUCUAAUACGUGUCUUUCUAUUAGGACAUAUGUUCAGAGAGUUUUGUCCUAUAAUAUUCGUGCUUGAGCACUAUAUCCAAUGAAAUUUGUAUAUAAGAGACUCAUUUGUAGAAGAAAAAAAAUUGACUGCAUGAAUUUGUGAACGAAAAAUCAUCAAAAGGAGGAAUGAGAGAAUUUGUGAAUUAAUCACUAUUAUUGUAACAUUAAAUCUCUUUCUGUUCUCGAUCGA